AUGGUGGCUAUGGCUUCGCCGCCUGUGUACAGCAUGAACCUCAAAUGGCAUGGGAGAAAAAAAGUUUACGAUUCAAUCUCCUCUCAUAAAAUUGAUUCAAUAAGCCCCACGAAACCUGGCUGGCGACCCAUCUAUCUACGAAAGUGGGUAUUGACUCUGCUCGUGAUAAUCUUCUGCGCAAUUAUCGCCGCCCUCGAAGCCCUCAACUACGUAUCCUCUGCCAAUCAGGGUCUCACGUCCUCUGUUGAAAGCCGUCAUUACCUCUGGACCUACGGGCCAACUGCCAUUCUCACCAUCGUCGCUGCACUAUGGGCACGAGUGGAAUUCCAAGUCAAACAAAGCGCACCAUGGCAAGCCAUGUUCGAAAGGCCAGAGGUGCCUGAAAAGAGCGUGCUCCUCGAUUAUGUCUCUGGAAUGCAGCCCGUUGCAAUGUGGAAAGCUAUGGGAAACAAGCACUUUGCUGUUGCUGCUGGAAUUGCCUGCUCGCUCCUCUUGCGACUUCUCAUCAUUGUUUCCACGGCUUUGUUCAGCUUAGAGGAAGUGCAAGUGUCGAAAAGCAACGUUCCAAUCUUACUACAAGGUAAUUUCAACACACUCAGUGUUUCUGAUCUUUCUACCGCGUUUUCCAAUCCGUUCAACACUCUCAAUGGUAUUCUCUUUGAGAAUGUUGCCUACAUGGACGGCACCACUGCCAAUCUUACGUUUCCGACCUUUUCCGCUCCAACUCUUUCCAACGAUUCUACCAUCACCGCAAAUGUCACAGGGCUUGUCUCCGAUUUAGACUGUGAGACUGCCUAUCUUGAUAUAAAACUUUGGCAAUUGCAGACCGUUUGGGUCGGUAGCAAGUCUCCCGGUGGAACGUAUCAGUUAGAAGACAACGUGCUUUCAUCCCCAUCGUGCAAAAUAUCCAACGUGACCAUUUCGAUUUCAUCAGAUGAAGAGUCUGGCAUCGAGGUGGUAACAGUCAAAACUCCUUAUGCUGCACGUUUCCAGUCUGGAGAAUGCACUAACAGCAAUGCUCUGGGUGAAAAUCGCAUUGUAAUGAUAGCCGUGGAAGCUCAGCUGGGCAAUGCCACCGAAUCGCCAUAUGGCAAUUUCACAGAAGAUGGAAUUGAGUUUUCGGGCAAUUCCGAUUGGUAUAGGACAACGGUCAAUAUCACUGCCAAGCGUGUGGUUGCGGCGAUUUGCAAGCCGACUUUCUCGAUUGCCAGUUUGGUUGCAACGACUAAUACGACCAAUACAUCGUCGACUACUCAACUUGAAGUAUCUGAGAUCGAGCGCACAGUUUUACCACACUUGACAGCGUGGCAAGUGGCGGAUAAUAUUCUGGGUGAAUCUAAUGAUGUUGAUGUCUCCCAGCCGAUUAUUGAUGAAGUUCAAUUCCCAGCUACAAAUACGACGCUGGUAGAUGUUGACUACUCCAUACAACUUGGUGCAAAGUUUAUCGGAGAAACUGGAAGCUUUGAUAAGUUGUUCGAUGAUGGAAUUCUUGUGAAUGCCGGUUCGACAUUUUAUCGCGCAAUGGGUGCUCAGCUGGUUCACCAAGGACUUAUAUCACAGUCGCAGUCGGAUUCUCUUGGCUCAGCGGUUGUUAGUGAAGACCGUGUUGUUAUGGCCCAGUUGCCACUACGCGCCAUGGAAGCUUGUUUGGUCUUAGUCAUUGUGUUAGCAAUAACUAUGAUUGUCUUGGUCCCAAGUGAGCACUUGUCACCUUUCAACCCAACGUCUAUCUCUGCUGUUGCUGCAAUCCUUUCGAACAGCAAAGUAUUUCGUGAAUCUCUCUGUGGUAGCAGUGCUUUGCCUUUGAAGGGCCUUGCUCAUCUUCUACAGAAGCGGUGCUACUAUACAGAGCACACACCAGGGGGCUUCUGUAUCGCUGCCGUUGGCGAUGGAACCAAAACCCACAGCGAGUACAAAGGCACUGAUCUCAGCCUUCAAAAACCACAGUGGAGCCCACUUCCAAACAAGAUUUUUCGUGUGGUCAUCUUUAUCCUGGUGGUAUUGAUAAUAGUCGCUCUAGAGACUCUUCUGCAUUUCUCUCAAACAAAGAGCGGACUUGUAGAGGUUUCCUCGAGUAGUGAAAACAUACACUACCUGUGGACUAUGAUCCCAGCAUUAGUUAUGGUUAUCAUUGGCCUUCUUUUUGGAAGUAUGGACUUCAACGCCCGGUGUCUGGCACCAUAUGUGAGCUUGAAGCACAAUAACGGUGCAUCGUCACAGUUCAUGACAGUGGAUUUCUUAGACUCACUAAGCGUAACCACUAUCUUCAAUUCCAUUCGAAUGAAGCAUUUUUCCGUGUCAGCUGCAACCCUAGCUGCGCUAAUUACCUCCUUCUUAACCAUCGUUACAAGCGGUCUUUACACAACACUCGAAGUACCAGGAAACAUCACCAUGGGCUUCACCCAAGAGACAACCUUCGACGGGACCACUGACUCCGAUGCCGCUGUCAGUACAGCGGAAUAUAUCCUCCAAGAUAACCUCGCCUAUCCGAAAUGGACUUAUAAAGAACUCGCCUUUCCCGAAUUAUCCAUGAACGCGACCACUAAGAAAAAUGUCUCGGGCUCGUUUGUUGAUAUUGUCGUCCCCGCAAUGAGAGGAACGCUCUCCUGCAGAUUUCAAACAAGCGACGGACUAAACGCAACAUUCAGCUCAAGUGACAACAAAGUCACUUACGAUAUCUGGGUUGCUGAGGCAUGCUAUUCCAACGGCACAUCUUGGAUAAAAGAAUCUCAAUAUUUCACCUCGAAUAACCAGUCCUUCUUUGGUCGUUCGAGGGCAAACACGUGCACAGGUGAAGAAAUUGCAAAGAUCAGUGCUUCUUCCUCUUCCUAUAUAUGGGGGAAGACACUCAACGACUCUUUCGAACACAUUGCAGCCUUGACAUGUCUUGAGUCGGUAGAGAUGGUUGAUACACAGACACGGUUCAUUCUUCCUGGUUUUACCAUUUCAGAGAGCGAUCCACCCGUUCCAGAUGAAUCGACAACACGAGCAGCGAAAGAUUACACAAAUCUCGACGAUUGGGCUAUUAUCCUUGAUCAGAACGAUAGUGAUGCAGCUUUCGAUCCUUUCUUCCAGGCGCUUGUGUUUGGAAAAUAUGCAAUUCCGGAAGAUUGGAUUGGUAACAACACGGACAAUGAAAAGGUUAUCAACGCGAUCAAGUUUCAAAACAAAAUGAUUCGAGCUCAAAUUUUCAAUUCGUGCAAUCGACAAUCGGCGAAUGGGUCACUUGGUGACUUGUCUUUGGAAGGGAAUGUUACAACGCCUGGACAACGACGCUUGUUUCAAAGUGUUGUUUCGACACGGAUUUUGGAGAUCCUACUUGGCCUUUUGCUUCUCUUAGGAAUUUUGGGUUCCGUGUUGAUGAAUACGGAUCAUGUGCUUCCAAAAAGUCCGUGUAGCAUUGCCGCUGUGGCGAGUCUUUUGGCGGAUUCCAAUUUCCUGCAUCGGUAUAGCUCGGAUGUUGAUCCGAAUGACAGGUUGAUUGAGAAGCUUUUUGCUGAUUGUCGGUUCUUUCUUGGAUUAUGCUAUGAUGGGCCCUUGAGAGGGUCUAAUGAUGAUAGAUUUACGAUUUAUCUAACGGACUAUGGGAUUGAGAAGAAUCUCCCUUUGGGUACCGAGGGGUGGAUUUAA